AUGAAAAGCGAUUAUGACCUUCACCUCCGUGAGAGGAAAUACAAGGUGUACUGGAGGCGGAAUGCUGGAAAGAAGGUCGAGUCUGUUUGGCUGGGUCCUGGAGUGGUAUUAGAAGUCAAAUCGGACACAAUCUACUCAAUCCGCACUCGUCGGGAUGUUAUUGUCAUGCACCAUGACAAACUCAAGGCUUGUAAUGCUCGCCAGAUCCCGAAAUGGAUUAAAGAUUACAAGGCACGUGAGGAGCAGGAGUCGAUAACCGAUGAAACUCAACCUUUGACCCAGAACCCCAAACCCUCGGAAAAACCGAAGCAAAGUAAGGCGGGUACAGGUGGGGAUGCGCCUUAUUUGAGGACCCGAAGUAGAUCUGGAACAAGUCAGGGGCAACCAAGCUCGUCGAUUAGACCCCAGGCUUCGGCUGACCAGGGGCAAAAACGGUAUCGGGCAAAAGCCAAGCGGUACCAGUACUGCGUCUGUAAGACCAAAAACCCUCGCGGUUUCAUGGUACAGUGUGAUACUUGCAAAGACUGGUUUCACCCAGGCUGCGUGGGAGAGACAGAAGCAACAAUACAACAAAUGGCAAGUUAUCACUGCCCUGAUUGCAAGUUGGAGUGA